AUAGAUAUAAGGGCAAAAGAAGUACUUCAUAUGGAUUCCCUGUCUGGAUGUCCAGACCACGAAAUUGUACAAGAAUCCAUGGAAUUUAUGAAGUACGCCCAUCUGGCAGAGAGGGGGUACGCCCUUGAGGUAGAUGAAUGGGUGUCCAUUAACCUCAAGGGCUACCCGAGGCAAACCAACGAUUAUGAUUGUGGUGUUUUUGUGUGUAAGUUCGCACAAUACGUCAAUUUAAAAACGUCUUUCGAUUUUGAUCAACUGGACAUGCAGUUGUUAACAACAUUAAUGAUCAAAGAGAUCUUUACUGGUUCGCUUCUGGACUUAUAAAUUACACUUUUGACAUGGCAGUUUUUCGUAAACUGGUGAUUGAGGAGAUCUCUUCUGGAGUAAAAAAAUGCGGUAUUCGCACAUUUUACUCGUUGAUUUGACCUUUUGGGACCCAACAACAUUUCUCCAAUUAGGUGUGUAUGCCUCAAUUGAUCAUUUUCAACCAUUCCUCGUGAAAUUCCUGAGAACAAAAAAGACCGGCCUUCAUGUUGGUUCAAUGAGCAAAAGAUACUAAUUAAUACUGUUUACAUGAGAUAGGGUGCACCUAGUGGUAGGACCAAUAAAAUCCCUUGUUUUAAAUUUCUCCAGGGAAAAGAAAACAAAAGAGUUAGCCCUACCGCGUAGCGGCACCCUAUCUCAUGUAAACAGGGUCUAAGAAAUACUUCGUUGAAGUUAUAAACAGUUGUGCAAGCUUAGCUUCAAUCAAGCAUAAAUUUUCUUGUCUUCUUCGUAAACAGAGUGUUUGCAUUACAAUAGGAUCUCUAUAAUAAUAAUAAUAAUAAAUCUUUAUUUAUCCACGGUUAAUCAUCAGCUAACAUACAAUACGUAAUUAAAAACACGUAUACAAUGUAACGAAAAACAAAUAUCAACUAAAAAAGCUGUUUUC